CUGGAUCUUGUGGUCUCGCAAAUCUCAUUGGUUGAACUACAUGUCCCAUAAACGCUUGGAGAGAAAAUUUUACAUCGCAACAACAAUUUGACCGCAAGGGGUUUCUGGAGUCAGUUGACAUCGUCGACUCCAGUGAGGCGCGCCAGAGGCGACACGCAGACGGUUUUUUUUUUUUUUUGCAGAACUUUGAUAAUUUUCCCCACUUCGUCGAAAAGGGAUAAUAGCGCGAACGUACAUUUAUAUUACUAACAUUAGUUGCAAAAACAUGCUGGAUCUCUGGUUUUAUUAUUGGUUCUUUUUUUACUUGGUGGUCCGGUAGGUAAUUGAACUGCCAGCUGGAUUAUGUUUUGCAGCGCUGCUUGCUGGCCAAAAUUAAGUUAAUUAAUCUUUCCCGGGAUUUAAGAUCCAGCGAUAUUUCAUCGGACCAGUUUGUAAAACGAAGUAAAAUCGUCGUUUGAAUCAUUCUGAUGCCCAGCUAACUAGACUACAGCUAGUCAGCCGGGGCUUGCUGCGCUCAAGCCGGGCGAAGAUUGACGCUGCACGGUGUCACCCACCUGAAGAGGACCGAGGUUAUUAGGCGACAAUGCUUGAAAUAAUGUCCGAACACCAAGAUUCAUUACUGAAAUGCAAAGCAGAGACUCUGCCAUCAGAGAGAAGAAAGAGGACAGUGGAGGACUUCAACAAGUUUUGCAGUUUUGUUCUUGCAUAUGCUGGUUACAUCCCUUCACCAAAGGAGGAAAGGCCAUGGUCACCAGCAUCCUCCAGUUCUCCAAACAGCUCUGGUGCUUCAGGUGAAGGCAGCGUUUUAGGUGGAGCGAGUUCAAACAUGGCUCCCAACUGGAGUCACGGCACGUCGGACUUGCACACCAUCCAUACCUUUGUUCGCAAGGCUCGUGCCAAUAAGAGCAACAAGAGCAUGAGGCGGCUGUCAUCUGACAGCACCCUGAUGGGUAAAAUGUGUUUAAAAGACCCUUUUUAUGAGGGCCAGGUGGCCAGCAAAGCUGAGCGCAAAAAGGACAAGAAGCUGAAGCGUCUUUGUCUAAGUUCAGGCGCUGGCGACGGCAGCAGCGGUGGCGAGAAGCGUGCAAGGAUCAAGCGUAGUAAAAACCCCAAACAGUCCAAACCCCUUAAGAAGCUUAAGAGCUCGGCCCACAGCGAGACAGACUCCGAGAAUGGUCUCGGACAUGGAGAGGAGCAUUUGGACCAGGGAGCAGCGGCUGAGCGCAGACUACAGGCCCAGGUGAAAGAAGAAAAGGAGGAAGCCACCAGAGAGGCGGAUAUGAGUUCCAGUGAAGGCGAGACUUGGAUUGCGGAUGAAGACAUAAUGGUAGAGUCAGGGGAUGAUUCAUGGGACUUGAUCACCUGUUACUGUGGUAAACCCUUUGCAGGACGGCCCAUGAUUGAAUGUAGUCAGUGCAGUGUGUGGGUGCACCUCUCUUGCGCCAAAAUUAAGAAGUCAAACGUGCCCGACAUAUUUAACUGCCACAAAUGCAGAGACUCUCGACGGUCAAGUCAUAAGAAAGACACUUAGAUGAGGGGU